AAAUAUCCAUAGAAAUAACUCAAACAGACGCCCUAUACAAUACUCCACACCCUUUUCCUCACAAUUCACAAGUUCUACAUUCUCUACUAUUCCAAUGGAAGACGACGAAUUCACCACAUCACCACUCUCUCUCAAACAAAAACUGAAAAACUCUCUCUGUUUCUCGUGCUGUUUCCCCCACCACCCUCGUAGCAACACCACCACCCCCACCACCAAACUUCACUCCCUCGACUACCGCCCUCCUCCGCCCUCCUCCGAUGAAAACCCGUCGCUGAUUUGGACCAAGAACGACUUCCCUGAUAUCAAGGAUAAAUGCCGUACAAUAUUCAAUUUCAUCGGUAACGGUAACGGGAACCGACACAAACGGCGCUCUUCCGCUGAGUUCCGUUACGACCCGUUAAGUUACGCGUUGAAUUUUGAAGACGGGUAUGAAGAUGAUGAAGCCCCUUUGAGGAAUUUCUCUUCUAGACUCCCUCCUCCGCCGCCGGUGAAGGCUUUGGCUGUAACGGCGGCGAGCUAGUGAGUAAUGGUGGUGGUGGUCACUGGGUUUUUUUUU